CGGAAGUAGAUAUGUUAUCUCCCUUGUCCAUUUACAACUUGCAACUUGUCAAAACAGUUUUUGAAAUGAUUUAAAUACCAAAAGAAUGGACAGAGAAGUUCUUUGCGAAAGUCUAAUUGUCUGGUUGGAGACGUUUAAUCUGGAUGUUCCUCACGGCAAUGCAGAAGAGCUCAGUGAUGGAAUUGCCAUGUCAAAGGUGCUGCAUCAAAUUGCCCCUGACUAUUUCACGGACUCAUGGCUGAGCAGGGUAAAAACAGAGGAUGUGACCAACUGGAGAUUGAAGGUUUCCAACCUGAAAAAAAUCCUCAAGGGCAUCCUCGAGUACAAUAUUGAGAUCCUGGGUAUACAGAUCCAUGACUUUCAGAUGCCGGAUGUGAAUGCUAUAGGGGAGAGCAGUAACCAUAUAGAGCUUGGGCGACUGUUACAGCUGAUUCUUGGUUGUGCCGUAAACUGCACGGAAAAACAGGAGUACAUUCAGCGGAUUAUGUCAAUGGAAGAAUCUGUUCAACACGCCGUCAUGACCGCCAUUCAAGAGCUGAUGACCAAAGAAAUUGCCACAGAUGUGGACUCUGAAGUAGGAGAACAGUUACGUCGAACAGUAGAUGAGCUCAACAAUGCAGUAGAGGCAAAGGAGGAAUUAAUGCAGCGCUGUCAUGAGCUCGACCUACAGGUGACAGUGUUACAAGAAGAGAAACAAAACCUUGCCAUUGAAAACGAUCGACUCGCAGAGAGGCUAAACAUAGCAGAAAACCUGGAUGACCCUACCUCCCCAACGGGAAAGAGGUUUCAGCAAGUACAGCACCAGCUGGAACAGUGCCAAGAGGAGAACUACAAACUAGAAACAGCCAAAGAUGACUUUAGAAUCAAAAUAGAAGUGUUGCAGAAAGAAGUCAAUGAUUUGCAAGAUAGGAAUACAGAGUUGUCGGGGUUGACAGAAGAAUGUCGGGACUUGAAGGACGAACUGGACGACCUCAGACACACAGCAGAACAAGUGAUAAAGUAUGAAGCUCAAAUAGAUUCGUAUAAAAAGAGAAUGGAGGAGUUGAGUGACCUGCGAGGUCAGGUGAAACUACUGGAAGAGAAGAACACCAAAUAUAUGCAAGAGAACCUAGAACUACAGGAGGAGUUGCGGAAGUCUGGGUCGGUGAAGCAGCAACUAGAUGUGUACAAACGCCAGGUGCACGAGCUUCAGACACGCAUUACUGAGGAAACAAAACGUGCAGACAAACAGGAGUUUGAGGUGAAACGUGUUCAGGAGAAGGUCAACACGUUACAACGCGAGAAAGAGCGUAUACUGACAGAGCGUGAUUCCCUACGUGAAGUAAACGAGGAACUCUCAUGUACGCAGCAACAACACCCAGGGGCCGGGGAUGAACUCUCGGCCUCGUCACAGAUGGAAAUGCUGUCUCUGCCUCCUGAGAUAAAGGAGAAGAUAUUACGCCUGGAACACGAGAACAAGAUGUUACGUCUGCAGGAGCGAGGUGACGGUGGGGAGCAGACACAGGUGUUGCAGACGAUGCUUGAUGAUGCAAACUCCAGGAAAAAUGAGCUGGAAACAGAAAUCAGACUUGCCAAUCAAAAGAACAACGAGCUUGAAGCUCGCAUAGAAGAUCUCCAUGAAACGGCAAAAUCCUCCGUUUCGAGUAGCGAACUUAUGGAACUACGUAAAAAACUGGAGGAACAAGUUCAGAUAACUCAACAAAAAGACCGAAUUGUGUCAAAUGAGAGACAAAGUGUAGCGGACUUACAGACUCAGUUAUCGGAGCGGGCAACAGAGGGAGAAAAGUUACGUGAUGAAUUGAAUAAGAAAGAAGAAGAAAAACGAGUAAUGAGUGAAAAAUACAUGAAAUACUUUGAUAGAGCUCGAGCUGUGAUAUCUAGUCAGGAGCAGAAAUUAAAGAGCACGGGGAACUAUUACCCCGAGGUUCAAUCACUGAAGCAACAGAUGCAGGAGAAGGAUAAACUAAUAGAACAACUCAAGAAAGACCAGGAGAAAACCAAGACAACGUUUGAGCAGGAAGAGAAGAUGAUGGUGUCCGCCUGGUAUAAUCUGGGAAUUCAGUUACACCGGCAAGCUGCCGUUGAUCGACUGGAGAGCUCUACAGGCCAGGCCUUCCUCAACAGACAACGGCAAGUCCAUCUCCGUGGCAACCAGCAGAGAAUUCCAAACUCCCACCCAGCAAGUCCAAAGAUCCUAGACUAUGAUGGGCCAGUGAUUGUAUAAAACAAUUAGUGACUUUUUGGAUUACUAACAACAGUUACCGUGCAAUGUGCAAAGCUGUGAUUAUUCCACAUCACCUCAUACUAACUGAUUGAUGAAUCUACUACGCAUGAUUUCACUCUAACAUCGUUACAUCCAAAAAGACGACAGCCAGUUUUACGCAGUACUUGACGCUUGACAGCCUGGCGAUGAAGACAGAAAAUUCAUCCGCACAUACGUUGACUACUGUAGAUGAUAGCAAUCUCACGAGUGCUUCAUAUUUGUGAUUUUUAUUCUCCCCAAAGGGACGAGCAUAUAGUCAUAGCAUAUAUAAUUAUACAAAAUUAAUUAAGAAAGGGCAAUAAUUGGAAACCACAAAAAGGAAAAGCUCUUUUUUAACGAACAAGCUAAAUCAAUCUACAGUCAUUUAAUACAUAAAUUGGCACCAAAGAAUUAUGGAUAAUUACAAGUUGAGGGACCUAUUAGUAAAAUACUCAUUCAUCUUUAUUAACAUAUACUCAUUUAAUACAUUAAUAGAUGGAUAUCAUAUGUUGACAAUACUUUUCUAUAAUUCAUUCAUUUUUUUAUCAGACUUUAAUAGUCAAGGAAAACUUAUGGGUCUUCUACUGAAAUAAAAGCAUGUGCAUUUUUUUUAUAAUAUUAUUACUCCUUGCAUGUGACAUUGCCUCCAAAUGUUUUGUUUCAAAAUCAGUUAGACAGCCGUGUGAAAAAAUAAUAUUAAAUUUGUACCUUGUGGUGCUUAAUUAAAAGCUUAGUGCGGGCUUUUAAAUGAGAUAGCCCGAUUGUAUUCUUACACUUGUACUUGGCAGCAAAUUGUUACCAAGCCCUUACAUAUAAAAUCCAGAAUUUUAGCAAGUCUGGAAAGCGUUAUACCACUGCAUGGCUUACGGGCUUGUGUUAAUUUUGAUCACAGUGUUUAAAACAAAAUUGUACAAUUUAUUAUUUAUGAAACAAAAUUCACAUGGAGUAAACAAUAAUUGGUAGAAAAACGAUAAUUAUGAGAUGCAUGUCAUGGCAUGUGAUUGCUAGAUUAGUAACAUAGUUUUAAGUAAUGUCUGGAUGUUUUUGUUUUGUCUCAAAAAGUAACCCACUGAUGAAUCACCCUAUAAUGCAUCAGGCAUGCAAAAUUUGAAACACUUGGUUGAAUUUCGAAGAAAAACAAUUUGUUUACAUUUAUGUGCACAGAAAUUUGUAUUUUAUUUUACUGUAUGCUUUCUUGUGGUACACAGAGAUUUAUCCAUAAAAUAACAAAGAUAUAUUUCACUGUUUUAUACAGAGAAAUAACAGUUGGAUAUUUUUCACUGUUUGGAAAUUUUAGCCCACUUGCAUGUCCAAAUCAGAUGUCAGCGCACAAUUAUAUUCUACAUUAAUCAAUUGGUCAAUGUAUACUAUGUUUGUUAGUACUAAUCACCAAUUACAAAUCCAUUAACACUAGUAAAACACAGGUUAAUAUGUAAAAAAAAGCAUUUUUUUUGCGACAAUCACUGCCAAUUCUUGCAUUAAUGAACUGAAUGUAAGAUUGAAACAUCGAAUCUCCUCAUUAAGUGGAAAUGAAAGUAUGUUAAUAUUUUAUAAUUGAGCACUUUGGUCAUUUCUUUAAACAAGAUGAGUUUUGUUUUUGUUUAUUUUUUGUAUAUUCUUGUAUUGGUUGUACAUGUUUACUAUGCAGCAAUUACUUUGUUAGCAUUCUUCUGCCAUCAGAUUUAGCUUGACGGUUGUUGUUGUUAUUUUCAAAUGAAAAUAAUCGAGAUACUGUGAUAGCCUUGGUGUCAAUCAGCGUUAUCCUGCGAAAAUUUUCAUUUUCACAAUAACUAAUAAACCAUUCAAGAUAUUCAGAUAAAAUUAAGUGUGCACUCUGACAAUAUACGCUUGUAAGCUUUUCGGUGUCUUGUAGAGGUUCAUCAGUAAAUAGAAAUAAUAUUUCACUGUUGCAAACAGUAGAAAUAUAAAAUUGAUAUUUUUCACUUUUUUUGAGAUUUUAGCCCACUCCAAUGUCCAAAUCAAAUGUCCGAGCUCGCAGGGCUAAGACACAAUUUCGACAAUGUCAUGAAUGUUACAGUUACCGGUACAUACAAUUAGAUGCUCUUUUGUGGUUUAUAAUUUGCCAGGCUUUUGAUAGAAAGAAAAACCAUUUUUCCACAGAAACAAUCAAUUACUCUCUGUUAUAGGAAGGCCCAUAACUCUACCUUCAGCAAUUGUUGAGUUUUCUCCCUUUGGCCUUUUAUUCAAACAACAUUAGGCGAGCGUAAGCAUUCAUUUAUGGUACUCUUGUCAAUAUUGAGAGGUGAAAUCAUAAAGGUUCAAAGUGACAUUAAAUAAGGAAGCAGAUAGAGGCUCCUUGCUUUCACUCAUGUAAUUAUAGAGGUAAAUGGGUAGCAGGUUCUCUGAGUUUUUUUAGGGAAUUGUUUAUUAUACAAAUUUAUGUACAAGUCAGUGAUUUAUAGUCCUUGCAAUCAAAAUGUAAUAUGUAUAUACAUGUACCUAUAUUUUUGCAAAGUUACUAUUGUUUUAUCUGGACUUUUAUUUGUGUGAAUAUCUUUUGUUUUGUUAUAUGAAGUAGAAAUAUUUAUAUACAUGUAUAUGUUGUUUAUUUACAUGCUUGUUCUAAAGUGAGAGAGAUGAUUAUUUGUUAAAUACUGAAAAUGAUUAUUCGAGCCGGCCAAGACUUGCAGAAAUAGGUCUAAUAGUCAAGAGUUGUCAUACGCUUUUUUCCUGUUACUGAAAGAAAUAUGGCCUCACCCAUGCUGUCAUGUGUUUUAAAGGUCAGGGGCAUUUUAAAGGUCAGGGGCAUUUUAAAAGUCAGGGUUAUUUUGAAGGUCAUUGAUAUAUCUUUUGUGUGUAAAACAUGUGUGAUAGGAGACCAUUAACUGAUAAUUCAAACAUUCACUAUUAGACCAAUUUAUGCUUGUUGAGGUUCCUAUGAUUAUAUUGUAUAUUUCCAUAAAAAAAUUGUAACAUGUGCCCAUAGCAACCAUUCUUAAGACACCACUUUCUACAAUUUAUAAUUUUUAUUCAUUAUUGAUAUACAUAUAUAUAAAUAGCUUCAUUAUAUUGAAAGCGCUUGUCAUUCAUUUAAGUUAAAAUUGUUUCUCCAAUUCCAUUUUAAAUCAGAUCAUAUUCUACAAACAGCUUCAUUGUCAUAUUGGUCAGAAAGCAGGUCACUAGGUCAACUGUUCUGAAAUUAAACACCUUUUUAGAAAAUCUUCAUCAAACAUGUUUAAAAUGUGAGCUGUGUUUAUCUUUUGUAAAUUUUAUAAUUAUAAAACAAAAUCUUAAACUCCAAACAGCUUCAUUGUAAUAUUAGUCAGAAAUUAGGUCACUAGGUCAACUGUUAUGACAUUAAAAACUCUUUCUAGAAAAACUUCAUCAAACAUGUUUUAAAUGUGAGCUGCGUUUUUUUUUUGUAAAUUGUUUGUCAAAUGGGCAUUGUAAGAAAAACUGUAAAAUAUAUUCGUUUAUGCCUGAGUAAUCCUAAUCCAAACAGCAUUUCUUUGACUUAAAGCUGUGUUGUUAUCAAGAUACACAAUUAUUUGCCAGAAAUGCAAUUAUUUUCUGAAACAAUUCUUCAUCUAAAGGUUUCUGAUGUACAAUAAUGAGAAUUUGUCUGGUGAGAUCCCAUGCUAUUCUGGCAUAAAUGUGAAAUGUGUUGAGAAAGAAAUUUUAAUAUUUAUAUCGAAAAAAUAUUACAAAUAGGCUUUAUUUGCCGUUAGGCUGAAAAAUAGGUCACUAGAUGUCCCGAUUUCAGUUAAGAUAAGAAACAAAAAUACAAACUUAUUAAAAUUAUCUUUACUCAAUUUUUGCUCAUAAAAUUGACAAUAAUAAGAAAUAGCAAGCAAGGCUCUUUCAAAUAAUACCACAAUUAUAUGGGUUCACCUAGCAUCCGAAUUAAGCAUUAAAGCCAAUGGCUAAAUGAAAUGGCAGGCUUAAUUGUACAUCAAAAACCUUAAAUCCAUUAUUUCUGUACUCAGACAUGAAAUUUGCCAAAUAUUGAUGAUGUUGAUAUUAAAAAAAAGACUGAGACAGAAUUUCUGAAUAUUAAAUAUGUACCUUAUUACUACCAGAUACUUUAUGAGAUUGUAUGAAAUAAAUUAUUUAAAAAUUCA